AUGGCGGCGGAGCUCACCAAGCAACACGGAAAGACCCGGUUCGACAUCGCCGAGCCUGACCUGAAGGCUCUCACGGAGACUGUCAACACGUUGAGCACGAGCGUGAGCGACGCGCAGAAGCAGGGAUCCGCCGUCGUAGAUGACGAGAUCGCCGAACUGCUGGCAGAACUCAACAUCGAGCCUGGACAGCCGCUCAGGGGGCAAGCGGUGAGCGCAAUUCAGGGAUGGGCUACCAUCGAGGACGAUGCUGAGGUGGUAGAGGCUCUUCGGCUGGACGCGGCGGACGACAUGGCGGCAUUGCUAGCUGGAGCGCGCAUUUCUUCCGGCUGCGAUGAGGAAGAUGAAACGGAAGAUGGCGGUGGCGGUGAGAACACGGGGCGCGAGCGCCGUGCUCCACCGGCUUAUAGUGAGCUGUCACCUCACUUCGGCGUCCUGGAAUCGGCAGCAGAUGAGAGUGGCAAUGGAGACGCGGCGUUCCAUCUGCAGAAAGCAAAAAUGGUGAUGAUCGCAGCGCAUGCCGCUAAGUAA